AUGUUUCGACUGUUGUUCCAGCCAUUCUCCGCCUUCUUCAUUCUCCUCGCCACUCCACUAGCCCUCGCCCAGUCGUCUGGCACGAUCACAGUAUCUUCUCCUUCCACCUGCAUCAUCCUUGCCCAAGUCGCCUCGCUCGAGACCCCCAAUGUCAUCACCGCCAUGGUUCCUGUAUGCGCCGCCUCGGGCAGUGUCUCGGUUGACUGGCCCAUCUCUUCUUCCGGAGAUGCCGCGUCGUCGAGUAUGGGCAUCUACGCCCAGACAGCGUCGGCGAGCGGCGGUUUAACGGCAGGCUGCGUUGUUGCUCUUUCUCAGAUGCAAGCCAUGUACCUUCUGGGAAGGGACCUCAAGUGGGAUGAAAGUGCUGGGACGAUGUAUGACAAUACCGCUGGAGGUAAUAUCUUGGAUCCUACGACCUAUCAACCCAUCAUAUGCGGGGCAUCGGACAGCCUCCUUCCUUCUGGUCUCGUCCUUCCCGAUCCUUCGACGAACGACGCAAGCGCUGCUGUCUGGAGUCAGGCAAUCACGCUCAGCGCUGGAGCAUCUGCAACUGAGGCCACCUCAUCUGCUGAUGCCGCCACCAGCGUUUUCCCGACAAGCAGCGUUGAACCUACAACCAGCGUUGCCCCAACAAGCAGCGUUGAACCGACUGGCAGCGUUGAAUCUACCUCCAGUAUCGAGCCUACCACCAGCAGCGUUGAAUCGACUAGCAGCGUUGAUUCUACCUCCACCAUCGAGCCUACCACCAGCGUUGAUCCCACCACCAGCGUUGAAUCUACCAUCAGCGCGACACCCAUCACUAGCGUAGAGCCAACCACCAGCUCUGUCGAGCCCGCCGAGAGCUCGAGCACUUCGGAAAACAUUCCAUCGGCCACAUCUGAUGCUGAGACCAGUCUCGAGGCUGCCACUUCUCAAGCCGAGACCUCACAGGUGGUUUCAGCUGAGACUUCUAGUAUUGCGGCGGUCAGCACGACCCCAAUCUCCGCUCCGAGUACGACCGAAGCGUCCAGCACGAUUGAUCAGCCGACCAUGGUUGAUCAGUCAAUUGCAAUCGAGACGCCUGGAACUACCGAGCAGUUUACUACCACAUCGGAGCUGGCGCCCACCUCUGAAGAGACCAGUCAAGAGCCAAGCACUUCCCAGACCCCAUCUACCACCCAGCAAUCAGCUACAUCCGAUUCCUCAUCUUCUUCCCUUGCGUCUAGCACUCAAGCGGUAGCUGUUGCUACCGCUGCUCAGUCAUCUGCCGCCGAAGAGAGUUCAACGUCGCAGAUGGAGCAGCAGACUACGACGGAAGAGCAGAGUACAACGGCGGAGCAGCUGCAACCGACGACUACGUCUGAAGAGGUGGCCGAGACGACUCAAGAAGCUAGUGCCACUCAACUUGUCGCAAGCACCACAGAAGAAAUCACCACUUCCUCGUCGACUCUCGAGUCCACUAUUUACACCCCUACUUCUACUUCUGCGUCCACCAGCUCUACGGAAAGUUCGACUGCCCAAGCUCCCCCGACGUCAACAGUGACCGACGCCGAGCAAAUUACCUCUUCGUCUGCUGCCCAGGAGCAGCCCAGUAGCUCCGCUUCGUACAGCUCGCUAGCUGCCGACGCGAGCGAUGUCUCUAGCUUAUACAGCUCGGAGGUCUCUACGAGUACGAGCGAAGCGGCGCUAGUGUCAACAAGCGCUCAGGAAGAGCGGCCCUCUUCCACCUUCGAAGAAACAAGUACCACCUCUCAGAGCAGUACAUCUGCCGAAAGCACUACGGAGGCGCAAAUCACUACUCUCGAGCCGCCCGCAGAGGUGUCCAGUAAAUCUGUUAAGGCGACAACAGAUGUCUCUGAGGCUUCAUCUUCAGAGUACGUGGAGCCUUCGACUACCGAGCAGUCUUCUGCGAUGCAAUAUACAUCGAAACCUUCUACACCUUUCACCUCCGCGGAAGAAAUUACAACCACCGCGGCUCAGCCUACGACUGUUGUGUCCCAGGAUCAGCAGCCUACCCCUGAAAUCUCAGAGGAAAGCACAUCCUUAUCAGCCGCUUCUACCACCUCCGGCUAUGAGACAAGCACCACAUCCGAAGCUAGCGCCGAAAGCACAGCCCAGACGGCCACUUCUUCCCAGAUGGCUGUGCAACAGACGUCAGCCACUCAACAGCAGGCGUCUACAGACGAGACACCUAGCCAGGCUGGUAACAUCGGAGCAGCUUCAUCGACGUCGGACUCCUCCUCAUUGGCAAAUGUGGCGUCUAGCGUCGAAAGCUGGAAGGCUGCGAGCACUAGCGAGGCUUGGGCCUCCGAGGCGUCGGGCACGAGUGACGUUUGGUCAUCAGAGGCUUCCGGGCAAUCGUCAUCCUCUAGCAGUGAGUCAUGGUUUGAGGCUUCUUCUGCCUUUUAUGGGUCCGACGAAACAAGCUACGGCGCCUUCUCAAUGUCAACUACCUCACCCACUCCUACAUCCUCCUCCGACUCGGACUCAGUGGACGGAGAUUCACCAUUCGUUUUCACGGCGGGUGGAACGACUAUUGGACAAUUCACGGGCGCUGGGGGUGUUGCGGCUGUGCAGACUGAUGUCACUGCUUCUGGGAGUAUGAGUGCGAGUGAAGGGCUUAGCGAUGGUAUGGGUGGAGAGGCGGACGCUGAUGGGCUGGGAGCUACGUUGACGUUCUCUUGGGCUGAGAAUGGGCCGACCCAGAGUCAGUGGACCAGCGAUGUUACUACGGCUAUCGGUACAUCCACGGAAAGUUCGAGCGAGGCGUCUUCCGAUUUGGAGCAGACCAUGACCAGCGAGAGCACCGCCGCGAGCGGUCUCAUUGUCCCCACUGAGAAGGCCUCGGUAGCCCAGCGCCCUGGCGAUUCAUUGUCAGAUGGGAGCAUAAUGGCCCAAACGACUAUGCCGACUACCACGCGAGCAGGCAACUCUGUAUCUGCGACAGCCAGUGGCAAUGCUUCUGAACAAGUCGAUGAAGAGGGCAGUGAAAAGGAAGGGCCCGAAGAAAGCGCCGCCAGCGACACAGGCGACGAGGGGUUAUCUGCCAGCAGCGGGACUUUGUCAACCACGAGCCUGUCCUCCGACGACACCGCGCAUCUGACAAACUCUUCCUCCGGUUCGCUUCCAACCCCGGUAAAUCCUCAGCUAUCGACCUAUUUCCAUACUGGUACUUCAAGUCAGUCAGAGAAAGUGUCUGGAAGCUCUGUUACCAGCGAUUCCGAGAGUGAAAGUGUCAACUCCAUCCCUACAUCUAGCUCAGGCAUUCUAGCUGCAGUGACCGAACCGGUCAAGCAAGGGCUGAGUUCAGCUGAGGCGGCGUCUGCACAUGCUGGAAUCUCGAGUCAGUCCGCGGAGAUAUCUAAGGAUGACAGCUCCGAAGUGUCUUCCACCAUCACCAGCACUGGCAGGGCCCCCAUCUCCUCCGGAGUCCUAGCUGUCGCUUCCGACACUGUCAAUUCCAGCUCUCUGUCUAACAUGGUCUCUUCAUGGGCUGCCCAGGGGUCAUCCGCGAAUCGCGAAGCGUCCGUGACAGAGCCCGCCUCGUCUUCGGUUACCUCUUCUUGGGCACAACCACUGUCCAACCACACUACUUCCCGCUCCUAUCCUUACAGCCUGGCGUCGUCAGCUUCCGCUGUAACGGUCAGCGCUAGCGCAGAGAGUACAGAUUCGAACGACGGGGGCAAGUCGUCUGCACAGGAUAGGAAUGGACAAGGGAGAGGAAGUAAGAGCAGUGGUAGUGGGAAGACGUGCUCUAGAAGGAGGAAAGAGAAGAAGCGAGCGGAGAGGGCGAGGGCGAAGGACGUUGGUGUGUUCUGA